CCUGGCGCGAGCGCCAUGUUGUUGGAAGUGUGCUCUUUCAAUUGCUCUCAUCUCCCAUUCAUGCUCACGUUCAGCGAUAAUCGGACCGCUCCAUCACGGUCGUACAAGACGCACGCAACGAAUUGAGAUUGUAAUUCGUCUACGCUCUAUCGGUACUCGCUUCUGGUGCGGUACGCCAUGUCGACGCUUACCCAGCGUUCAGCUGCGGGGCCCACCGAUAGCAAAGCCACUUCCCCGUUAGACGUCCUGGACGAGACACCAGGAGCAGACGGCGCUCCUAUCGAUGAAGCGGAACAAAAGCACAUCAUCUCUGCCCUGAAGGAGCAAAACGAUAGGAAUCACAAGACUGCUAGAGGCGGUCUACUUGCUCUGAUCGGAGGAGUCGCUUUCUUGUGCGUAUCAAUGGGCAGAAAGGGGAUGCCUGUGUGUCCUCUCGUCGGCCCUUUUCGCUUGCCCUUCAGUACUUGCGUCGCGACGCUUUGGCUUACAAUGUUGGCGGUGUGCCACUCCACUGGCAGGUACAUCACACCGCUACCAGCAUACUUGACGAACACCCAUCCGGACACGCAUUUCCACCUACUCUUCGUACAUCACACCCAAGAAACGGCAGAGCAUCACGAAUUGACUCGCCUGCCUGUCGCGCCCAUCUACAUUCUCUUCCUUCUAAGCAUGGGCACACUCUUGUACGCUACGGGCAAAGAGGUAGCUGACAGGAUGGGAAUCCUACCUCGACCACCUGGCGUACCAUUUCCAGCCCCGCAGCCACAUCUUUUUGGAACGGCACCUGGAUGGCUCGUCAAGUCUCUGACAGACCUGCGUUGGCAUCCUUCCAAUUCUGGUCAACCUCGAUCUGUCAGAGCAGACCUGCCUGCGAAUCAAGGAGGAGAAACACCGCCAAAUUUUUUGACCAAGAUGAAUCCUAGGAAUCUGUACGUCUUCAUGAUCUGGCUGGCCAGUUGGCCUUUGCCUCUGAUGACUUUUGGAGCUGGUGCUUUCGAAAGCUCGGCCUGGUGGGCUCUCACGCCUGCUGUCAUUGGCAUCGUCCUGGCGAUCGAGGGCAUCAUAUACCGAGCGGAAAGAGAUUUGAAGGGGCUGGAUGGCAUGAGAUAUGGGUACAAGGGCGCUUAACCUCCACGAGCUUCGCGACGACUUUUCUCGCUUGCACCAUACGGAGCGAGUCCACACCUUUUCACAAUCUUCCAUGGCGCGACGUCCUCUGAUCCCGCGGCCCUCGUCGGGAUCGCGAGUACCUCAGGCUCCGCAAUAGAUCCCUCUCUUACCACAGUCUCUGCCUCGGGCAUCGCAUACUUGGGAUCGUGCGGUUUGAUGGACAAAUUUGUUGGAGUACUUGACCUGACUCAUCCAUGCACCAGCGUUCGAGCCAGGCUGAAGGCGACCCGAGCUGAUCGGUCGAGUCUGUCCGGCGCUCAGCCAUAUUCUAAUCACAAUGAUGACAGUAGAAAGCGAGUGACUUGGUGUCGAAGAUGCAGAGUCAUGAG